AUGCACUCGGAUAGAAGAUCGAAGGCAUAUGAGUUAGGGGUGGAAGCAUUUUUGAACUUUUCUGUAGAAAAUCUUCUAACUACCACACAUAUCCGUUGUCCAUGUGUUAAAUGUGUUAAUUUGAAAUUGUUUGGGGUUGGAAUUAUAAGGGAUCACUUAUACUUUAAUGGAGUUGACCAAAGCUAUAAGAAUUGGACAUUUCACGGGGAACCUUGGGAAGCAGCUACUAAUGCUAGUAGAAAUGUUGAAGAAGAUGAUGACCAUAGUAGGUACAGUUUUGUGUCUGAAGAAAUAGAGAUGGAUGAUAAUGAUUUUGGUGAUUUUGGAUCUGAUCCUUAUGAGUUUGCCAAUGUGAUUGGGGAUGGAGAUCAACCAUUGUACCCUGGUUGUAGAAAGUACACGAAGUUAUCGGCAUUAGUGAAGUUGUAUAAUUUGAAGGCAAAAUAUGGGAUGAGUGAUGUCUGUUUUACAGAAUUAUUGAUACUUCAAGGCGAUUUGCUUCCAGACGGAAAUACAAUACCGGCCUCUAUGUAUGAGGCAAAAAAGACUUUGUGUGCAUUGGGGCUGAGUUAUGAGAAAAUGCACGCAUGCCCCAAUGAUUGCAUCUUGUAUAGGAAGGAGUAUGAGGAUUUAACUCAUUGUCCUAAUUGUGGUAUCUCAAGGUGGAAGGAAGGCAAAGAUUCAAUCUUGAAAGAGGGUGUGCCAGCGAAGGUGGUGUGGUAUUUUCCUCCAAUUCCAAGGUUUAAAAGGAUGUUUCGAUCACAUGAGACCGCUAAGAGUUUGACUUGGCAUGCUGCUAGAAAAUCAAUUGACGGUUAUAUGUCUCAUCCAGCGGAUUCCCCGUCUUGGAAACUUCUUGAUGAUAAAUGGCCCGAGUUUGGUAAUGAGCCGAGAAACUUGAGAUUGGCUCUUUCAUCUGAUGGAUUCAAUCCCCACAGUUCUCUAAGUAGCAGAUAUAGUUGCUGGCCAGUUAUCUUAGUUACAUAUAAUCUCCCUCCAUGGCUGUGCAUGAAACGAAAGUUCAUGAUGUUGACCUUAUUGAUUUCCGGUCCUAAACAGCCUGGAAAUGAUAUAGACGUCUACUUGGAGCCUUUGAUUGAUGAUUUAAAAUCUUUGUGGGAUGGGAUUGGAGGAGUGUAUGAUGCACAUAAUGGAGAAUACUUUACACUCAGAGCUGCAUUAAUGUGGACAAUUAAUGAUUUCCCCGCCUAUGGAAACUUAUCUGGUUGUGUUGUUAAAGGAUAUAAAGCUUGUCCAAUAUGCGGCGAUGAUACACCUAGUCACAGGUUGAAAAAUGGCCACAAAAUUUGUUACAUUGGGCAUAGAAAAUGGUUACCGAUCAAUCAUCCAUAUAGGAGGCAACGUGCAGCUUUUAAUGGGAAACCUGAAUAUGGCACGCCUCCUGAGCCAUUAACCGGAGAAGAAGUGCUGCAUAUGGUUGAAGAUGGUGACAGAGUUUGUUGGAAGAAGAAAUCAAUAUUCUUUGAUCUCGAGUAUUGGAAAUACCUUCCUGUGAGGCAUGUCCUAGAUGUUAUGCACAUUGAGAAGAACGUUUGCGAUAGUAUCAUUGGUACAUUGCUGGAGAUCCCUGGAAAAAAUAAAGAUGGGAUUGCUGCUCGAUUAGAUUUAUUGAACAUGGGGGUCAAAACUGAUUUGCAACCCGAGUAUGGAGAAAGACGUACUCGUUUGCCUCCCGGGCCUUGGAAUUUGUCAAGAGCAGAGAAGAGAGAGGUUUGCAAUUCUUUCUAUGGUAUGAAGGUCCCUGAAGGUUAUUCUUCAAAUAUAAAAAAUCUUGUAUCUUUACAAGAUUCAAGACUUCUUGGCCUUAAAUCACAUGAUUGUCAUACCUUAAUGCAACAAUUGCUCCCUGUGGCAAUUCGUUCUGUUUUGGAGAAGCCUGCAAGGUAUGCAAUAACUCGUUUGUGCUUCUUCUUCAAUGCUAUAUGUGCAAAGACUGUUGAUGUUUCCAAGCUAGAUAAGUUGGAAGAAGAUGUAGUAGUUACUUUGUGUUUGCUUGAGAAAUGGAUGUAUCCGUUUGAAAGAUAUAUGAAAGUGCUAAAGGGGUAUGUUCAGAAUCGUACUCGUCCCGAAGGUUGCAUUGCUGAGCGGUAUAUAGCUGAAGAAGCUGUAGAGUUUUGUACCGAGCAUUUAUCUGAUGUUAGUACAGUUGGAGUGCCUUCAAGCCAAAAGAUGGGAGUUUCAAAGCCAUUAUCAGGUUGCACAGUGAGCGUAGUUGAUCGGGACCUGUUGAACCAAGCACAUCUAUAUGUCUUGGAGAAUACGGAGGAAGUCCUACCUUAUAUCGAGCAACAUAUGAUCCACAUCCAAACCGCUUAUCCAAAAUUUAGAAAGAGAACAAAGUGGCUGCAGGAUAAGCACAAUAGCACUUUCAUUCAAUGGCUACGCUUCAAGGUUCAAAGUGAACUUAAUGAGGACAAUCAUGGCGUAUCAGAAAAUUUAAGGUGGCUAGCAGCUGGUCCAAACAUGGCAGUGCCAUUAUAUAGGAGCUAUCUCAUUAAAGGUAUUAAAUUCAACAUCAAGGCACAAGAUGAUGUGCGGACAACUCAAAAUAGUGGAGUUUAUUUACUUGCACAUACUAUGCAAGUUGCUAGUGCCAAGGAUAAAAACCCAAUUCUCUCAAAUAUGGGUUUCUAUGGUGUCAUUCAAGAAAUUUGGGACCUUGACUACCAAAAGUUUACAAUCCCAGUCUUUAGGUGUGAUUGGAUUGAUAAUACUUCUGGUCUUGUAGUGGACGAACUUGGAUUUACCCUUGUAGAUUUGAGUAAAAUUGGACAUAGGAAUGACCAAUUUGUUUUGGCUUCUCAAGUCAAACAAGUAUUUUUUGUUGACGACCCGAUGCAUCGUGGUUGGUCGGUAGUGUUAUCAAUGCCUAAUAGAGAAUAUAAUGAUGUUAUUGGUGAUGAUGUCUUAGGUGAUGUGAGAAUUGAGUGUGAGCCAUUUACUAGGGGGAUGCCAAAUGUUGACACAUUUGAUGAAGUGGUGGUUGAGUUAGGGAGUCAAAAUAUUCGAGAUGGGUGUGAAGAUAUAUGGGUUGAAUGA